AUGAACAUGAAAACAGCAAAGAAAAUAAGGGGCUUCAUGUGCCAUUCCCCUGCUUCCACUGCCGUCUGCAUGUCCCAAGACGGACGGUCCGUGAUCGUGCCUCGGAGGCCAGAUCGCAUGCCGACCUUCGAUCACUUUCGACUGUUAAGCAGCACAAAGUACGUCCGAUUGGGUGAGCAACGUGCGGUGCCUGCACCGAGUAUCAAGGGAUCGUCAUUUCACGUUUCGAGUCUGGAGAAAAAGAAUCCCCUCACAGUUUCUGAUUGUGUUUUUCAGGUUGUUGUAAUGAGAGUCUCCAUUCACUGCCAAGGUUGUGCUGGUAAAGUGAAGAAACACCUAUCCAAAAUGGAAGGGGUGACGUCAUUCAGCAUUGAUCUGGAGAGCAAGAGGGUGACCGUGAUGGGACACGUGUCGCCAUCUGGGGUGCUGGAGAGCAUAUCAAAGGUGAAGAAGGCAGAACUUUGGAUCAACGGUGAAAAGGCAGAGCUUUCGGGUCACGGGCGGGUCGAUUUAGUUAAUUCACUGGCCUGCCCAAAUUAA